UUGGCUUCAUCUCCAUCUCUUCUCCAUCUCUCUUCCCUCUUCCCUCUUCCCUCUUUCUUCUCUAUCCGUUCUUGUUCUGGGAGUUCUGGUCGGGCAGAUCCAUCUCAGUACUUUUCUCUUAAUCAAUCCCUUGUUUUUGUCUGUUUCUUCUCCCUCCCUUGUUCCCAAGAUGCAGAGAGCUCUCUCCGCCAGGACUUCUGUCCUUUCUGCUGCCUCCAAGCGGGCUCCCUUCUACAAGCCUGCCGGCUUCAACCUGCAGCAGCAGCGUUUUGCCCACAAGGACCUCAAGUUCGGUGUUGAGGCUCGUGCCCAGCUCCUCAAGGGUGUCGACACUCUGGCCAAGGCUGUGACCUCGACCCUGGGUCCCAAGGGUCGCAACGUCCUCAUCGAGUCCCCCUACGGCUCCCCCAAGAUCACCAAGGAUGGUGUGACUGUUGCCAAGGCUGUUCAGCUCCAGGACAAGUUUGAGAACCUCGGUGCUCGUCUCCUCCAGGAUGUUGCCUCCAAGACCAACGAACUGGCUGGUGACGGUACCACCACCGCCACCGUCCUUGCCCGUGCCAUCUUCUCCGAGACCGUCAAGAACGUUGCCGCCGGCUGCAACCCCAUGGAUCUGCGCCGUGGUAUCCAGGCCGCUGUUGAGGCUGCCGUCGAGUACCUGCAGCAGAACAAGCGUGACAUCACCACCGGUGAGGAGAUUGCCCAGGUCGCUACCAUCUCCGCCAACGGCGACACCCACGUCGGCAAGCUCAUCUCUACCGCCAUGGAGCGCGUUGGAAAGGAGGGUGUCAUCACCGUGAAGGAGGGCAAGACCCUCGAGGACGAGCUUGAGGUCACCGAGGGUAUGCGCUUCGACCGUGGAUACACCUCUCCUUACUUCAUCACCGACGCCAAGGCCCAGAAGGUCGAGUUCGAGAAGCCCUUGAUCCUGCUCUCCGAGAAGAAGAUCUCGGCUGUCCAGGACAUCAUCCCUGCCCUUGAGGCCUCCACCACUCUCCGCCGCCCCCUUGUCAUCAUCGCUGAGGACAUCGAGGGUGAGGCUCUCGCCGUCUGCAUCCUGAACAAGCUCCGUGGCCAGCUCCAGGUCGCCGCCGUCAAGGCCCCUGGAUUCGGUGACAACCGCAAGAGCAUCCUUGGUGAUCUCGCUGUCCUCACCAACGGUACCGUCUUCACCGACGAGCUUGACAUCAAGCUCGAGAAGCUCACCCCCGACAUGCUCGGCUCCACCGGCUCCAUCACCAUCACCAAGGAGGACACCAUCGUCCUCAACGGCGAGGGUACCAAGGACUCCAUCGCCCAGCGCUGCGAGCAGAUCCGCGGCGUCAUGGCCGACCCCACCACCUCCGAGUACGAGAAGGAGAAGCUCCAGGAGCGUCUGGCCAAGCUCUCCGGCGGUGUUGCCGUCAUCAAGGUCGGCGGUGCCUCCGAGGUCGAGGUCGGUGAGAAGAAGGACCGUGUCGUUGACGCCCUGAACGCCACCCGCGCCGCCGUCGAGGGCGGUAUCCUCCCCGGUGGUGGUACCGCUCUCCUCAAGGCCUCCGCCAACGGCCUGGACGGCGUCAAGACCGCCAACUUCGACCAGCAGCUCGGUGUCAGCAUCAUCAAGAGCGCCAUCACCCGCCCUGCUCGCACCAUCGUCGAGAACGCCGGUCUCGAGGGCAGCGUCAUCGUCGGCAAGCUCACCGACGAGUUCGCCAAGGACUUCAACCGCGGCUUCGACAGCUCCAAGAGCGAGUACGUCGACAUGAUCUCCGCCGGUAUCGUCGACCCCCUCAAGGUCGUCCGCACUGCCCUGGUUGACGCCAGCGGUGUCGCCUCCCUGCUCGGUACCACCGAGGUCGCCAUCGUCGAGGCCCCUGAGGAGAAGGCUCCCGCUCCCGCCGGCGGCAUGCCCGGCAUGGGUGGUAUGGGCGGCAUGGGCGGCGGUAUGUUCUAAACUGCGCCGCGCCCGCUCUCGCCUUGACCCGUCCUUGUUUUGCAAAGGUUUUCCCUUCGAGCGUGUCUUAGCAUAGUAUGGCCAUUUUCUGGUACAUUUUUUGUUGUUUUCCUUACCGAUUUCCUUUAAUAUUUUCCUUUGUGGUUUAAUGUGUUGCACGUCUUUUUUGAUUACCCGAACUUUUACUACCUCCCUACACUCUACCUUUGCUCUUCCCCUUUUUCUCAACCUCGUGUGUUCAUCAUUGGGUUCGUCUUUAUACAUCAUCUCCACUCCAUUCAUGUUGGGCAUAAAAAAGUCUCAGGG